GACACUAGCCCUAGAAACCCCCAACAAAAACAAGAAGAAAGUCGCCAAGUCUCUGGAUCAUCUUCGCUGUAUAACCCUUGUGGCUUAGCGCUUCUUUUUGAUUAUAAUAAUAAUAAUAAUCUGGAUCAUCUUAAAAAGAAGAAAACUAAGCAUCUUGAAGAAGAAGAGACACAGGAGGAACAGAAGAGUGGAAGUAGUGGAGUUACUGGGAGGAGAAGAAGCACAAGAAACCUCCUCCAGGAGACCACGUCUUCCUGAGGAAGAAGCCUCGUACAUCUUGAAGUUACUAAGAGGCUUCAAGAGCGUUAUAUAUCACCUCUUCUUGGUAACCAGCUUCAAUCUCAACUCUCAGGUGUCUGCUUGGCGGGAAAAAGAGACUUGUCAGAUGUUUCCUGUUGCGUUUUUGGAUAAAUCGGUGUUAAUACAAGAAUUUUUUAAAAUUUGAAGUGGAAUAUUCCUGAAGUAUAGUUUAUUAAAGAUACAGUUUUGGUAGAUUACUCAAAAUGGCUACUGCUGAUGAUAGCUUUGAUCAGAAUGAUGGCGACGAUUUCUUUCAGUAUGAAGAGGAGGAGACUGGGGAGACUCAGUCAGAAGCUACAAUUUCUUCUGGAACAGGUGGACGGAAAAGACUCUUUUCUAAGGAACUUCGGUGUAUGAUGUAUGGAUUUGGAGACGACCAAAAUCCCUACACGGAGAGUGUUGAUCUUCUCGAGGAUCUUGUCAUUGAAUUUAUAACUCAGAUGACUCAGCGUGCAAUGGAAGUGGGCAGAUCAGGACGAGUUCAAGUUGAAGAUGUAAUGUAUCUGGUGAGGAAGGACAAGAGAAAAUAUGCAAGGGUUCAUGACCUUCUCAAUAUGAAUGAAGAGCUGAAGAAAGCUAGAAAGGCCUUUGAUGAAGUUAAAUAUGCUGGAGUUUGAAAAGUAUUAAACAUUACUAUAGUAUUUAGAUUUUUAAUGUAAGAAAAUUGGGGAGUAAAAUGGCAAAUAAACUUCUUUUAAUUAUUCAAAGUGUUAGUAUACCAUCUUACCACAUUAAUAACUUAGAAGCACAAUAUAUUUUCACCAAAGUUUUUUAUGUUUGCUAGCAUUCCUAAGAAAUAUUAAUCUAGAAAUAUUAAGGCACUUAAUUCGUAUUAACUGAUCUUCAACUUGAUAUAAUUUUUAUUUUUUUUAUUAACACAUCGGUCGAUUCCCACAAAGGCAGGUGGCCCGAAAAGGAAAAACUUUCAUCAUCAUUCACUCCAUCACUGUCUUGCCAGAGGGGUGCUUUACACUACAGUUUGAUAGAAUUGUAUACUGUAAAAUUGUCAGAUUCAGUGUUGUCAGAUUCAAAAUUCAGUUCACAUUAAAGGGCCCAAAAUCUGGAGUGCUCUGCUGGAAAUCUCCAGACCCACUGUCUCAGCCAGCAUCUUCAAUACUACUGUUAAAAAACACCUUCUCUCCCUAACAUAUCCCAACACCAGCUAAAUAUAACUACAUAUCCAUAGUCUCAGUAAUAUGUAAACAAUAUAUUUUGCUCUCAAUAUCUACAUAUCCAUAGCAGUGCUGUAUAGCCCUUGUGGUUUAGCGCUUCUUUUUGAUUAUAAUAAUAAUAAUACAUAUCCAUAUUCUCCAUGCUACUAAAAUAUGUAUUCAUUGUAACCUUAUUCUUAAUAUCUGUAAUCCUCUCAGCCUUUAAAACAUUGAUUUUAUGUCCUUAAUGUCAAUAUGUACUAAUAGGAUAUUUAGUUUUCUUUUGUAUCUAUUGUAACUCCUAAAUUUAUAUUUACAGUCACCUAAGAGAUUGUAUAUGUAGAACCAUUUGUCAUUGCCUGAUUAAUAUUAAGGGGCUUUCUGCAGGCACACCUAAAUGUGGUCCACCUUUGUACAAACGUUUUAUCAUGCUGAUAUAAAGUAUUUUUAUCUCUAUCUUUAUCUUUAUUUAGCAGUUUGUAGAUAUAGCAAUUUUUUUGCGAUUAAAAUGUAACCAUGGAAGUAUAUAGUAUGUUAUACUAUAAUACUAAUUUAGCAGUUCUCUUCAUUUUGUUUCCUGUUCAUUAUUCUACAAAUUCUCUCCCUUCUAUGGCCCAUCUAGGUCUUAAUGCUAGUGAAGGGCUUUUGAUCUAGGGAAGUGGAGGUACCCUGCCCUUCCUCAGAUCUAGGUGAGGGCUCUUGAUCUAGGGAAUUGAAUCUGUGCUCCGGUUUCCUGAAUCGAAUCUGAAUACCUUCCAUCCCCCCACAUGCGCUGUAUAAUCCUAUAGGUUUAGCGCUCCCCCAUGAUUAUAAUAAUAAUAAUCCUCAGAUCUAACCUGGGCAGGGUGAGAUUCAUGGGAAAGUUUCCUAAUAUCUGCUGCCUCUAUUAGUGGAUUCCUCCCUAAGGCAGCUUUGACAGAGGCUCACAUAAAAGACUAGGUAUCUGGGUACAAUCUACUUAGGUGUAAUUAAAAGAAAAGGCCAAAAGGAGGGGGGUGGCUUGUAUAUAUAAAGAGCUGUUUAUUUUCACUAAGUUAAAAGACUAGCCAUUAAAAACUGAAUACUGUCUUGAAAAUCUUUCACUUCCAUCCCUAAACAUUCUGCGUCUUGGUGAUUUCAAUAUAGAUUAAUUUUCUUCUGAUUUCCCAUAUCCAUUUAGAUAUUAAAAUUUAUGAGUCUAGAAUCAAUUGAGGACACAGUAAAUCUUGAGGCUGAUAUUAACCAGGUCUCUCAUUGAACUAUAGAUUUUGGUUAUUCCACUAUAGAUAAUAAUCUUAAACCACUCAUUAAGGCAGAGGCAUGAGAGGGACCUAGGAGUGAUAAUGUCAGAGGAUCUUACAUUCAAGGAACAGUCCUGUAUGACCUUUGUGGGUUUAGUGCUUGCUUUUGAUUAUAAAAUACAUUCAAGGAUCAUAGUGUUUGUUACAAAUGCAAGGGAAUUGAUAAAGUGUAUAACUAGAACCUUCAAAACAAGAGAUACCAAGCCAAUGAUGAUAUUAGUUUUAAGUCACUUGUUCUCUCUGAGGGUGAAAUGCAGAACUGGAGAAUCUUCACUGCCUGUACUCCUCAAGGAAGGUUCCCUGAUGGUAACAAAGGUCACUGAUUCAAGGAAUUAAACUUUUCCUUGCCUUUGUUGGAUCUAACUGAAUUACCUCCCAUUCCUCAGGUAAUGUAUAACCUCUAUGGCAGGGAUUCCUGACCUUUUCUAUGCCAUGCACCCUAGUAAAUGUUCGAUUAAUGUUGCACUUCUUAAUAAAGCAUUAUCACAUUUAAAGAUGGAGUCAAAUUUCUAAUUUUUUAAUCACAAACUGAACCAAAUACAGUACUGUGUAUGAAUAAAUUGAACUCAAAAAAUAAGCUUUUAAUUCAGUGCAUAAAAUGCAAAUAUCAAGUGAGCAAUUAGAAAAGUUUUUUGUAAGAUAAACGGAAUUGUGCUUUUCAUUAGGACUGUUUGUCACACCCGGUGAAAUGCCAUCUCACACCCCCUGAGGGGUGUGUCCACCCCAGGUUGAGAACCCCUGCUAUAUAGGCUCAGUGCUUCUCCAUGAAUAUAAUAAUUCACUGCCUUUAUAAAUUUAAACUUUUAAAUUAUCGAGAAUGCCUAAAGUUUCUUGAAUGCAGGCAAGGUAUUUCAUAAUUUACACUCAGAAAAUAAUGUAGGAACUGGCCUCAAAUGUGCAUAAUAAAAUUUCUCCCUGUGACAGCAAGAAGCUCAGUAUGGUUCAAAAUACCCCCAGUGAAAAGCACACUAGGAAAUGAAGAUAAUACGUAAAUGUAAAGGGUCAAAAUAAACAACCCAUCCUCUUAACCACAGCCAUCAAUGGCACUUGUUGAAACAGUCAAAUGGGUGACUGUUCACAGUCUUGUGUUUCACAUAUGUGCACAAUGGCUGCCCAUUUUGUUUGCACAGCACAGACUUUUUUAUCGCCUUUUACAUUUAUUAUUUUUCAUUAUAA